GAACGUUAUCAUAUCACUUUCCGCCUCAACGGAAAGCCUCUCUGUUGUUGAAUUGAUCGAGUAAGAUGGCCAGCGAAGCGUCCACAGUAUCCUUGAACGGUCUGGUCACGUUCUGUGUUAAUAAACACGCCAGCCCAGUGGUGUUCCACUCGUUGUUGAAACAACUGGUGCAUAAACAAGAGGUGAAAGUUGAAGAAGUUGUAGCACUGCUUGAAUCGAAAGAAGAGAUCGAUCCGACGGUGGUCAUGUUCAUUGCUGGUGCGUGUCUCGGUGAGCAAGUCGGCAACUUCAAACUGGCCACGGUGCUCAGUAAUUUGGAAAGUGCUCUUGGAGCCAACCAGGAGAUCAUAUUGACAGCGUUGAUAACACAGUUGAGACAUACGCCCAAGAUUCCCUUCAACUCUCAGGAGUUGUCUGAUAGUGUGAACGCACUUGUUGACUACUUGAGGUACUUGCUGAACCACAAGUCUUCGAAUGACCUGUUGAUGGGCGCUGCUGGACGGUUCAUCGUCCUGUUUGGAGGCUCAGUGCCUCACGAUUUGACAUUGGCUCCAUUGUCAGAAGAGCAGAGCAACACGUUGAAGUCGUUCGUCAUGGCAAUCCAGGAUAAGAUCCCAGAGGUUACUGAUGACCUUACUGAAUUCACAGAAAAGUUCAUGAGAAAGAACUCUGUCAAUAUCAGACAAUCUGUAUCGCUAACUUCUCCCCACUCAUCAACUUCACACAUUUCGUUCAUGAAGACCAACAAAUUACCAAAAGUGCUUUGGCUAAACUACGCAUUGGAGCAUUGGAAAACCCAUCUACCAACGUUUCUAGUGUCGUUUGACCAUUUUGUUAGGGUAAAGACCAAUCAGAAUGUGUUGAACGAGCUCCUGACAACGGCAUUUGAAGGUUACGCUAUAGAACAACAAGAUAAGAAGGGAUCUCAAUACUUUGCCAAAAACUGGGAGCUAUUCUUACUGAAAAGGGUUCCUGUAUUGAUCCGUGAAUUGAAGUUGAAAUCUACAGAAUCGUCCCUGGUGAGUGCACUUAGUGUGAUUUUAGCAAAGGCCUCACAAGCUAUAAAGCUUCAAGCAAAUGGAAAUGCCUCAGGUGAAGAUAUGUUUGCCUCGUUCCCUUCAACAGUCACUGAUGUUAGGCAUGAAUUCGUCAAGAGCUGUAUUGCUUUACAGCUGCUUCCAAGGAGUGCCUUCAACACCAUCUUGAAACAAGAUGCUGCUGCUUACAGUGGCACCAUUCCAACAACUGAUGAUAUUUUGGACAGUAUGGGCGAACCAGUCGAUAUAAAGGCCAAGUUCAACCAUACUGUUGUCGAGGUGAAUCCUGAAUUCACCUCAUUGGAAGACUCAGGUCUGCUAGAGUUCCUCCAGUCGGUUGAGGGAAUGGAGGGAACCAAACAGAUUCAGAUUGCAGAUCUGAUAUUGUCUUCUAUCCAAGAGUUCAUCAAAGCUGAGGACUCUGCACAUUUGUACAGAUUGUGUUUGGGUUUAUCUCUGUCAGUCAAUUCCCUUCACGCAAUCGUGUUUCAUCUGUCACCUUAUGCUAUUCUAAGACCUAUCAUGGCUUGUCUUGAUAAAUGGCAAAUGAGCACGGAGGAGACAAACUUCCAAGAAAACCAUUCAGAAUUCGGUGGCAUACUCUUAUUCUUUAUGCUCAUUGUUCAAAAGUUCAGUGUGUCUGUUGUUGAUCUGGUGUCACUGAAGACCAACGUCGAGUCGGAAUCGUUCUGUAUCAAUUACCUCACGACUCUUGGAUCAUCAAGUAGACGAAACCCGUCGUUGGAGCUCAACCAACACAAGUCAGAGGUUAUAACUGCAUGGAUCUCUGCUCUAUUCGACUCUGGUGGUAUAUCGGACGACUUGAUGCGUUUGUCAAACGUACAAGAGUGUUUUGAACUGUUCCCAAUAAUUUUCCAGCAAGCUCUAAUUGCAGUGAAGCAAAACUUGACUGAUGUUGAAACAGUAAAAGGAGGAUUGGAGUACUUCCUUCAGCCCUCUCUCCUAGCUACAGUGGUCGGGAUUGUUUCGUGGUGUGAGGACUAUCUUUGGAGAGCUGAAGACGUUGACUUGAUCGUCUCCUUGUUGAAAGUGCUUGUUUGUCCAACAGAACUCAGUGGUGAGUCCGUUCAUAUACACCGUAUAAUCCUGAGUAUAUUCGGCCCCAGACUACACAAGUGUCUCUCGACUAUUGAUUCUUCUCCAACUAUCCCUUCCAAGAUAGAUCCUGUGUUCUUAUCCAGUCUGCAUACGUCAAUCAAAGACUCUGAUAGGCUGGAGUUCUUUGAGGUGGGCACCUCAAGAACUCUGGAUGCUCUCUUCUCUGAAUCACAGACCAACUCACAUGCUUCCUUGAUGCAUGUAUUUGGUACGAGAUUCCAUGCGCUAUUAUCAUGGGGACAGUCACCUGUGCUGCCUCUCUACGACCACAUGUUUCUACCGAAUAUGAUUACAUUCUUUGGCAUCGGAACAGUGAUAGAUUACUUGCUUUCACAGGUACAGGCAGCACAGGUGUCUGCUUCUAAGAAUUCAGACCUUGUGAUUGAAGUGGCAGUUUUCAUCCUCGUCGCCCCCUAUGUUGGGUUCUCAUCCCAUGAUAAAAAUGUGGUUCUAGCUACCCUCAAGUCCCAAUCUCUGGUGCCAUACACCUAUAAAACCACACCACAGUUGCAUGAGCUGCUACAAGAACUUCUACGGAGAAAGGAGCAUUACGAAGAGGGUACUCUACAAUAUGAAACUUUUGACUGUUUCUUAAAAAAGAUUCUAGAAACAACAGAAUCAAUCCAUCCUCUAGAAUAGAUUAGCUUAAAUGUCGCAAUGUGGCUGAACUAGAAGAUUAUCAACAAAAAGAGACGUUUU